UGAGAGAGAGAGAGAGUGAGUGAGAGCUGUCAUUGAAUGUGUCAUUAUUGUUAUUGAAUUCCACCGCAUUUUUUGUGGCAUUACCACGUGAAGUGAAAUAGUUUAAGAAUUGCAAAACUUUUUUUGUUGAGAAAAAAAGGAUAUAAAUUUUGGUGAAAACAAAAGGAGUGGCAUUUCAAAAGCUCGUUUCUUUUAAUACACAUUUCCGAGACCGGAAGUUAAUUGGAUAUUUGCAUUUGUGUGUUGAGUUUUAACAUCAAAAUGGCCCUGCGUGUUCAGUUCGAAAACAAUGACGAUAUUGGCGUCUUCAGUAAAUUAACAAAUUCCUAUUGUCUGGUGGCAAUUGGUGGCUCCGAAACAUUCUACAGUGUGUUCGAAGGUGAAUUGGCGGAAACCAUACCAGUUGUCCAUGCCAGUAUUGGUGGUUGCCGUAUUAUUGGUCGCCUGGCCGUGGGCAAUCGCAAUGGCCUGUUGGUGCCCAACUCUACCACCGAUGUGGAGUUGCAACAUUUGCGCAACAGUUUGCCCGAUGCCGUGAAAAUCCAACGUGUCGAAGAACGUCUUUCGGCUUUGGGCAAUGUCAUUGCCUGCAAUGAUUAUGUGGCUCUGGUCCAUCCAGAUUUAGAUAAGGAAACAGAAGAAAUUAUCGGUGAUGUCUUGAAUGUUGAGGUGUUCCGUCAAACCAUUGCCGAUAACACAUUGGUGGGUUCCUAUACUGUGCUCAGCAAUCAAGGUGGUAUGGUCCAUCCCAAGACAAGCAUACAAGAUCAAGAUGAAUUAUCAUCGCUGCUGCAAGUUCCACUCGUGGCCGGUACUGUAAAUCGUGGUAGUGAGGUUUUGGCUGCCGGUAUGGUUGUCAACGAUUGGAUCUCGUUUGUGGGCAUGAACACAACGGCCACAGAGAUUUCCGUAAUUGAAAGUGUCUUCAAGCUGAACCAAGCCCAACCCUCAACAGUGACAACAAAAUUGCGUGCUGCCUUGAUAGAGGAUAUGUCGUAAAUUGGAUAAUUUAAUUUUGUUAAGCGGAAGGACACGAGGGAAGAAGUCCCAGAAAGGAUUGAUGCGUUGUAUCCUGGGGAAAUUUAGUUUUACGCAUAUUUUCUCUUAUAUAAAUCUGCUGUAAUGUGUGUGACAACAAACUUAUGCUGUUGAAAGUUUAGUUUUCUUCAUUAUUUUUUUAUAUAUAAAUUUAUAAUAAAAAUUGUAAUUUUCAUUUGCAAAUUGCAAAUAUCAAAGAUAA